GCUGGAGGACUACUUUGUGUGAACAUUGUGGCUUUGGUGUCAGUCGGCAUUGGUGGAGGUGGUAUGGAUGUCAUCGCAGCCUACGCCAAUGUAGUCAUGAUGCCCAUCGCCCUGGUGUGCAUGAUCAUUUCUUUGAUUUUGGCUUCGAGUGCCGGACUGAACCCGCCGGAGCACGAGAUGAUCAGCGUGGGUGCUAUUUGUGCGAUUCUGGCGGUUCUGCUGGUGUCCUUUGCCCUGGUGGUGGCAUGUAUGGGCCUUUUCUCCCACUUUGCCAUCACGCAAUUACUCUCCAAGGCUGAGGCAGCCGCCCGUGUGGCUGCCGAGCAUGCGCAGGCCAGUCUAGAGGCCACUGAGGAGUGGCGCCUGCAGCAGGAUGCUGAGAAUGCCAAGAAGAAGCCAACACCCUUGGGUUGGCGUUCCAAGAAGGUGCACCCAGAGACCGGCCCAAGCGGCUUAGAGGAUGCCAAGCCCAGCAAGUCGGAGACGGCGAACGACUCCGGUGAGCUGCCUGAGACCCCGCGACAACGCGAGUCUUUGAAGAUGACGGUCCUGAUGGCGCUGGCUGAUGUACCAGCACAGCCUCAGGCGAACCGCGAGGUGAACGUGAGUGGAAGCCGUCCUCACGUCUCAGUCGCCGUGCGAAGCACUCAAGAGGCAGCUCCCUCGCCGGCCACCGAGCAAGCCAUGCGAAGCUUUGUCACCAGCCCUGAGGGCGCUGUAUACGCUCAACGCUUGGGACACUCCUCAGCUUCUGCUCCGCCCAGCGGCUACCGCGAGGGCGAUGAAUGGGUACCGAAGAUGUCUCGCAGCAAUGGGAUGACCUACUACGUGAAUGCGGAGACGGGUGAGACUCGCUGGACGCCGCCUCCACAAGAAGCCUGGUCGGGUCAGGAGACUCCAGCACAGGCACCCGAAUGGAAGAAGAAGCGCUUGAAGAACGGGACAGUGAUCUCCGUGCGGGCGUGAGCGGUGUUUAGGCCACAGCCUGGACUAGCAUGGACUAACA